AUGGAGAUCGCAGGCGAAACGCAGUACGGUAACACAAACCGGGCAUUCCUACAGGCUAUGCUUGGGAGGAGUUCCAUGACUUUUCGCGAGUCGCGGUCGGUCAUUGCUGCCAUAUUGAACGCUGAAAAUGAUGGAGACCAAGUGCGGCCAGAACAAGUUACAGAAGAAAUGUUUGAUAAGUUGAUGGGAACGGCCCGAGAAGCUGCGUCUCUGUUCGAUUACGAGAUUCGAAGAACGCAACACCAAGUCACCAAAGAACGAGUCUAUGCCUUUGUCAAUACCGCCUCGGACUCGCAGACGCAACUUGCGACAACGUUCACCCACGAUGAGCUUGCAUUUGUCAAGCGAGCCCUGGAGGCCAUGUUCGACAAGUACAACACGCCGCGAAUGGAAGUUAUCGCCCUUACCGAUAUGCAGGCAGUCAAGCUCGCAAGACCGAAUCGCAGGGAGAGCGCCGUCAACCGAAGCGAAGACGAGCCUACACAGUCACAGGCGACCGUUGACAGAGGACUGAAGCACAGCGAAGUAGAAACAGUGCUGGAGAACCUUGUUGGCGGUGGAUGGUUUGAAAAGAGCAGAGAGGGAUUCUAUUCGCUCACACCGAGGGCGCUCCUGGAAUUGAGGCCAUGGCUCCUUGGCACAUUCAACUAUCCGGAUGCAGAGGAAGGAGAAUGGCAGCGGAUCAAGUUUUGCGAGGCAUGCAAGGAUAUCGUGACGGUGGGAGUGCGGUGUGCCGAACCCGACUGCAUCGUCCGGGUCCACGACAUUUGCGAGGAAGCCUUUUGGCGAACGAGACGAGACAAGAAGUGCCCCAGAUGUUCGAGAGAGUGGGCGGGAAAACUGUACGUGGGAGAGCGGGCAGUAACAUCUACGCAGGCAUAUCAGAGAGGUCGUCGCCAGAGUGGCGGCAGAAGGGGCAAUUUGGCAGACGAGGUGGUGCAGCAAAGCAUGGCUGACUAUGAGAGGGAAGACCAAGAACAGUGA